AUGAAAACUCCGGCGCUCCUCCUCUUUCUCAUUCUGGGCGUCGUAUCCGUUACUUCUCCGGCAAGCGGCCAUGGAGAAUGGGGUAUUCUCACGGAGCAAAACUUCUCUUCUCAGAUCCGUCUCCAUCCUCACGUCCUCCUCUUUGUCACCGCUCCAUGGUGUGGCGAGUCCAGAUCCCUUAAGAAGGAAAUUACUCAGAUGGUUCAGAUUAGUGACGAAUUUGGCUUGUUGAAGCUGAUGACUGUAUACAGAAAUUCAGAGAAGACGCUAGCACAAGCCAUUGGUGCUGCCAACGGAAUAACAAUUUUGUACUAUCAUCAUACUGUGCCUUACAACUAUAAUGGGAAGCUCCGAGCCUCAAAUGUGUUGUCCUCUAUUCAUCCUUAUCUGACAUCUACUCCCCAAGAACUACCUCUCAAGCAUUUGAAGUCUCCAAGGAGUUUGAAAGAUUUCCUUGAAUCAUCUGAUAAGGCUUUAAUUCUGUUCGAGUUUUGCGGGUGGACGACUACACUUCUGUCUGAGUUGAGGAAGAAUGUAACUGAAGAUAACCUUUGGCAAGGAAACUUCUCCAAAUAUGUAGAAAUUGAGCGAGCGAUAAAGCUAGGAGGAAAAACUAACCAGAAGGUGGCUGACCAUGCAAAUUGGAAAUUGAUGUGUAGACUCCAACCCGGAUUUGGUAGAGUUCCUUGGCUUGAGGAUUUUAGCUAUGUCAAUGAUACUGCUGCUUUGCAGGAGAAUGACAGAGUAAAUUGGGGGUCUGGACAGACAUGUAACCAUGAACAGUUUGAGAAAUUCAGUUCAUUCCUCUCGGAAUUUAUUGCCACCGCUAAAAAGUUUUCUCUACCUCCGGAAAGGCAAAAAUUUGGUGUGAUCACCGAAAGAUCAAUGGCUUCAUCUUUUAAUAUUGGAGUGUCUGAUUCGUGGGCAGCGGUUCUUCAGCUGGCAGGAUGUCCACAUUGUUCAAAGAUUCUCAAGGUCGGGGAUGACAUUCAGAGACUCUUAAAGAUGGAAAAUCCAAUAGUCACAGAGCUGGAGGAUGAGGGGCAGGACCAAGAGUCUUCUUUUCCUGCAAGUAAACCAUCGGUUAUUCUCUUUGUUGAUAGAUCAAGUAGCUCCUUGAAGGAUAGGAGGAGGAGUGUGAAAGCACUUGCUACUUUCAGAGAUGUAGCUGCACAGCAUAAAUUGUCUGACAUAAUAAACUGGGAGAAUGGUAUUCAGUAUGAGAACUCCGUUAGCCAGGCUGAGCAAGAAUCGGUGUCUGUGUCACUUCAGAAAGCUGCCGGAAAGUUUAAGACAAUUAAGUUAGAGAGUAAGGUCUCUUUUGUGAUUCUGGAUGGGGAUAAACAUGUUGCCCUAGACUCUAUAGCUCCAGGUAUGGAAGGCAGUUCCCUGCAGGAGAUACUGACGAAACUUGUUCACAGAAGAAAAGAAACUAGUAAAUUGAGCUCGAUUGCUAAGGAUGCUGGUUUCCGUCUAUUAUCUGAUGAUGUGCACAUAAAAGUACUGGAUGCAUUACCGUCACAAGCCAAAGUUAUGUCUGGUCAAGACUCUGCUCCAUCUUCUGCCGAAGGUUUCACUAACAAGGUCAACAUGGGUUCUAAAGAAAAGGACGAAAUGAAUUUUUUUUCGAAAGAAAAUGAUAAGGGGAAGAUCAAGAUAUCGAUGCAGUCUGAAUCAAAGGAAGAUCUGGUGCAUAGUUUCAGGGGCUCAUUUUUCUUCGCUGACGCAAACUACGCAUUACUUAGGGCUCUGACUGGUGAUGUGAAGAUUCCAUCAGCAGUGAUAAUCGACCCUGCUUUACAACAGCACUAUGUCCUUCAAGCUGGGGUAACAUUUAGCUAUUUGUCACUGGUCGACUUUCUUCAUGGAUAUCUCAAUGGAAGUCUAUCACCUUAUAAACAGUCUGAAUCUACCAUUCGAGUGCCUAGAAAAGCUACAGUUCCACCUUUUGUUAACCUGGACUUCCACGAGGUGGAUUCUAUUCCCCGUGUCACAGUCAAUACUUUCUCCCACAUGGUUCAUGCGUGGAAUCAGUCCAGUGCAGAGAAGGCUCCCUGUCCUUUGUGCCAGGACGUUUUGGUCCUUUUUAGCAAUAACUGGUGUGGGUUUUGUCAGAGGAUGGAGCUAGUCCUGCGUGAGGUGUACCGAUCACUAAAGGAAUAUAACGCGAAAAUACAAGGAGGAUCAGAAACAGAGGCACCAAUUAAUAGCAAGAGUCUAAAGUCUCCACUAAUCUACUUAAUGGACUGCACGUUGAAUGAUUGCAGCUUGAUCCUAAAAUCAAUAAAUCAGAGGGAAGUGUAUCCUUCUCUGAUAUUAUUUCCAGCCGAGAGAAACAAAGUCAUUCCAUAUCAAGGGGAAACGUCUAUAACUGACAUAACAGAGUUUGUAGCUCGCCAUGCAAAUAACUCCCGUGAGUUCUUCAAAAUCAUUCCUACUCUGUCUGGAAAAGGAAGAAGAAACUCAAACAAGCUCGACAAAUCUUCAUCUGCUGUGAACGAUAAAGUAACAGAUGGUGAUAAACUUGUUGAGGUCGUUUUGCGGAACAGAGAGCACGUCGAAAGAGAGGUGAAACCUGACCAGGUCGAUUCCAAAUCACCUCCAACACCCUCCUCGCCAAAAACCGCUCCCCAAGUGAAAACCGGCACCAUCCUGGUCGCUACAGAAAAGCUAGGUGCCUCGCCACCGUUUGGCAAAUCAAAGAUUCUGAUCAUGAAAGCAGACCCCGAAUCCGGUUUCAUGGGUCUAAUCAUCAACAAACCGGUAAGUUGGAAAACGUUCCCUGAGCUCGGCGAAAGAAGCGAGCUCUUGAAAAAGACUCUUCUAUCAUUUGGAGGUCCAGUGGUGGAUCCAGGGCUCCCACUUUUAGCUCUGACACGAGAGGUAGACUCGGACCAUGAGCACCUGGAAAUCUCACCAGGCGUGUAUUUCCUGGAUCAUCAGUCUGUGGCCCGUCGAAUCCAAGAGGUGAAAUCUAGAGAUCUGAGUCCAAGCGAGUACUGGUUUUUCUUGGGAUACUCAAGCUGGAGAUAUGAACAGUUGUUUGAUGAGAUCAGACUUGGAGCAUGGGAUGUUGUCAACCAAGAAAUUGCCUUUGCUUGGCCUUGA